ACUAUUUCGCAACAGAGUUUAGUUGGCGUUGAGUCGCCGUGAUGAUAACUUCAUCUAAAAGUUUAGUGUGUAAUUUCCAAUAAGCAGCCAGCCCUGAAGUCUUUGAAGGAUUUAACAGUAAAGUAAUUGAGAACAAAGAUUUUAAAUGAUGAAGAUAAGUUUAAGUUCUAUUUAGUAUCUUGUGCGACGUUGUACUAUGGAGCGAUUUAACGGAAAGGUGGCGAUUGUAACUGGUGCGAGUUCUGGGAUUGGGAAGGCGAUUGCUUCACAGUUGGUUGAAGAAGGAAUGAAUGUUGCAGGAUUGUCAAGGCGAAAGGAGAAGCUCGAAGAGUUACGUGAUAGUUUAGGUGGCUUAAAGGGGGUAUUUCACCCCGUUCCGGUUGAUAUGAGUAAAGAAGCAGAUAUUAUUCAAGCAUUCGACUAUGUAGCAGAACAUUUGGGGGCCAUUCACGUGCUUGUCAACAGUGCAGGCUGUAGUAGAAUAACGCCGCUUUCGUGUGGGGAAACGGAUAAUUGGAAAGACAUAUUUGAUAUCAACGUUAUUGGAUUGUCGAUUGCCACCAGAGAGGCUCUCAAAAACAUGGCCGCGAAUCAAACAGAUGGUCAUAUCGUACAUAUUAACAGCAUAUAUGGACACUACGCAACAAAAUUAAACAAUUCCAUGUACUGUGCUUCCAAGUUUGCCGUUACUGCACUAACGGAAUCUCUAAGAUGUGAGCUGAUUGCGAGAAAAAGUCGUACCAAAAUUACAAGCAUCAGUCCCGGCUACGUUGAAACCGAAUUCAUGGACGUUCUCAGCAAAACUAGCAAUGGACUAUUCUCCAAAGAACUCUUGCAUAGCUUUAGGCAUAACAAUCCCUACUUAAAACCGGAAGAUGUCGCCAAUUGCGUUCUUUAUGCGUUGAAGACUCCACCACACGUUCAGGUUCACGAUGUGAUCAUCAGACCGAUUGGAGAAAAAAUUUAAUUACAAGGUUAUUUUCUGAUGUAAUUAUUUGUAUAUUAAAAAAUUAGCAUAUUAACAUGGCAAAUACACAUUUUUGGGGUU